CUUUCGUUUUCUUAUUCACUCCGGAAUCAAAGCCGACCAUGCCCGCCAUUGCAGAGACAACAUGCUAUAACCUCUCAAAGUUCAGAGCAACAAUGAAAUCGUUCCGAGUUCUGGAUGACAACAUUAUGCUCCGCCUAAACGAGACCAACACGCACGCCGAGGCUGCCUGUGCUAGCUUUUUUAAUGAGCUCGUCGCUGCAUAUCAGAAACGCGAUGCCAGCAUCAAAUUUUGCUUGGAGAUCAUGGACAAGAAUAUUGCAGCAAAGAAGGAGAAGCUGUACCAGGAUCCGGAUGACUACACACUUAAGGACAGUAUCAUGACGGAUGAAUCCAAGCGUCAAAUUAUUGCAAACGAGAGCACGGUCGAGGAUAUUGUCCGCGGUCGCUCGUUGAAGGCAUUCCAGGAAAAGUGCGCGUUGUUUGAUCUUCCAGAGAACAUCCAGGAAUUCUUGGACAAGAGACACGGAUAGAUGCACAGUCGCUUCUAAUAAGACUGCCAAGGACGAACGACGUUAUCUACAACGGGACUCCAUAAAACAACAUGAGAUAGAUUGGUAAUGCUUCUUGUUGAAUAUAAGCCCAUAAGCAUCAUUUUUAUUUACGUACUAGUAGCGUCUGCGUCCAGUUCAGAGGAAUACGCGGUCAGAAGGCAUAUUAUUAAUACAACAAGCAAAGCAAGCAAAGACAG